AUUUGGCACUCCGGUCGUCUUCUGCCUCAAAAACUUGCACCACAUCUUUUUAUAAUACGAUACUAAUUUCUGGAGCUGAAUACACUUGGUAUCUGGUGCGACCUCUCAUCAAGAUGGCGGCUGCGCAAGUGAUCUCCAAUUCUGGACACGAUGAUAUGAUUCACGAUGCGGGCCUGGACUACUAUGGCCGCAGAUUGGCGACAUGCUCCUCGGACAAGACGAUAAGGAUUUUUGAGAUUGAAGGCGAGACACACCGACUAGUCGAGACUCUGAAGGGCCAUGAAGGAGCAGUGUGGUGUGUUGCAUGGGCCCAUCCAAAAUUUGGCACCAUUCUGGCCUCCUCUUCUUACGAUGGAAAAGUGCUUAUCUGGCGUGAACAACAUCAGAACACGACAUCUCCCGUAGGUGGCGGUGCCUGGACUAAAGUCUUUGAUUUCUCACUUCAUACUGCUUCGGUGAACAUGGUAUCUUGGGCUCCCCAUGAGAGUGGCUGUGUCUUGGCCUGCGCCUCCUCGGACGGACAUGUCAGCGUCCUUGAAUUCCGCGACAACAGCUGGACUCAUCAGAUCUUCCAUGCGCAUGGAAUGGGCGUGAACUCUAUCAGUUGGGCGCCUGCUGCAGCUCCUGGAAGCUUGAUCAGCGCCAACCCUGGACUCGGUCAGCAGCGCAGGUUCGUGACGGGUGGAAGUGACAACUUGCUCAAGAUAUGGGAUUACAACCCUGAGUCUAAGUCCUACACCCUCACUCAAUCGAUGGAAGGCCACUCCGACUGGGUCCGGGACGUCGCUUGGUCGCCUAGCAUCCUUUCGAAGUCUUACAUCGCAUCCGCUUCGCAAGAUAAAACUGUCCGGAUUUGGACCUCUGAUGUAUCAAACCCUGGGCAGUGGGCCAGUCAGCGACUCGAGUUCGACACCGUUCUCUGGCGAGUAAGCUGGAGUCCGAGCGGCAACAUUCUUGCGGUGAGUGGCGGGGAUAACAAAGUCAGUCUGUGGAAGGAGAACCUGAAGGGACAAUGGGAGAAGGUCAAGGAUAUUGAAGAGUAGGCCUUUGUUAUCUUAUUACUCCUCUCUUGUCCUGUGCUUUCCAGAAUCUGCAAUAAUGGUUUAUUCCGGUCUCUACCGGUCAUUGUACACAAACCCCCACCCUUCCCAAUGUUUGCUUGCAAGAACACAAUCAACUUAGCCAAUCGAGUAUCAUAUACGCCAGAAGAU